ACUUCGCUUACCCUCGGUUCGUUCUUUCUUGCAACCGAAGCCGAGCUCGACUCCGCUAUACCCUCCUCGCUCGCCCUCUGCUCUCUUCUGUGUUCUCCCAAAUCUCUCCGUGCGUUCGUUCCCCUCAAACCCCUCAGCCGAACCAGCGGAGGCGAAGGCGAUGGAGUGUGUGAUUGGCGUGGUCGGCCGCGACUUCGCGGUGGUGGCGGCGGACACCUCCGCCGUGCAGAGCAUCCUCGUGCACAAGACGGACGAGGACAAGAUCAUGCUCCUCGACUCCCACAAACUGAUGGGCGCCUCCGGGGAGCCAGGCGACCGCGUGCAGUUCACCGAGUUCAUCCAGAAGAAUCUUCAUCUCUACCAGUUCCGCAACAACAUGCCGCUCAGCACCGCCGCCACCGCCAAUUUCACCCGCGGCGAGCUGGCUACGGCCCUGCGGAAGAAUCCCUACUCUGUAAACAUCAUACUUGCUGGGUUUGAUGAAGAUGUUGGUGCAUCAAUGUAUUACAUUGACUACAUCGCUACACUACACAAAAUUGAUAAGGGAGCAUUUGGUUAUGGGUCAUACUUCUGUUUGUCACUGAUGGACAAGUUGUAUCGUCCUGAUAUGACUGUCGAGGAAGCGGUGGACCUUGUUGACAAGUGCAUCAAGGAGAUCAGACUCCGAUUGGUCGUUGCGCCACAGAAUUUUGCGAUCAAGAUUGUGGACAAAGAUGGUGCCAGGGACUAUGGGAAGCGUGAAAGUGUGAGUGGCAAUCCAUCUGAAUCUACAACCGCUACAACUGCCUGAGGUAGUUCGCCCUGUUGGUGGUCAUUUGGCUGGAGGCUGAACCAUCCUCACAAUUGUCUCUGGGUACUGUCACUAUGUAAUAGCAAUACAUUUGGAUUUGAGAACUGUGUUGCAAAUUAUGUUUAUGCCCCUUUGUCAUGGUAAUCUCUUUCAGCGUUUCUUGUUCUUGAAUGCUUUGCACCUGGGUAUUUUACACUUGCCAGUUAUGCUCA